AUGAGAACCAAGGCAGCCCACGACAAACUGAUUCGCCUUAAGGACUUCAAGGUUGGGGACAGUGUGCUCUUGUAUAACUCCAAGCUAAGGUUGUUUCCCGGGAAGCUGAGGUCAAAGUGGGCGGGACCAUUCAAGAUUCACGAAGUUCUACCCUAUGGGUCCCUCACUUUGCUCAAUCAAGAGGGGAAGGAAUUCACAGAGCAGGUUUUAGGAAGACGAGUGGCAACUCGAGGCACAACUCGAUCGAGUCAAGAGCAAGCUCGAUCGAGUGAGCCGAAGACCCAGUUGAGUGGAGUGCUCCUGAUGGCCGUCUCCCUCUCCAGACCACGACCUAGCCUCCCAGUUCUUUGGGGGGCACUGAGUCAAGGUCACAAGGAAGUGAUUCACAAGUUCAGAAGAGAUCUCAGUGGGAUUGGAAUUGAGUUGCCUCCUAUGGAUAGCAUGAGUGAGGCAUUUGAUCAAAUGCAAAUGGUCAAGGAUGUUCUAGCCAACAGUGAUAAAGUUUCAGAGGUCCUACAAGAGUCUACUCAUCAGUUCAACCUGCUUACUUCACCCACCUUCCUACCAAAGGUCAAGGAUCAAGGGAAAUUCACUCUCCCUUGCACACUUGGGCAUCUUGAGCUUGACAAUGCCUUAGUGGAUUCUGGAGCAAGCAUCAAUCUGAUCUCUCUCUCCAUGGCAGAGAAGCUAGGCAUUGCUGGAGCCUUGCAGCGCCCUACUACUUCAAUCAUGUUUGGAGAUGCAACUUCUAAGUCUCCUCUUGGAGUGUUCAAGAACUAUCACUUGAAAAUUGGAGAAUGCAUCAUCCAAACUGAUCUCACUGUGAUGGAAAUGGAAGAAGAGAAGGAUUUACCUCUGUUAUUGGGAACCCCUUUCCUUAGUACAGUUGGCGCUUCAAUAGACUUUCACAAGCAAGAAGUGAUCCUUCACAAGGUGAAUAGUUUGGUGUCAUAUCGCUUGCAGCCUAGAGGUUCAGACUUUUGUGCCACAAUUGACAGUACCACUCUCAGUUCUAAGAGUCAUGGAGCUACAAAGGUUGUGAAGGAAAGGGUUGACAAAGAACCAAGAGUUGGGAAGGAUAAGGAUGAGAGAGGACCAAGGAUUGAGAAGCCACGUCUUGAGAGGGCUAGAGUUGAGAAACCACGUUCUGAUAGGCCACGAGCUGAUAGACUUGUUCAAGCCCCUUGUGUGCUUGAUGAAGAGAGCCUUCAAGCUUUGUUUGAUGAGCCACUAGGAAGGGCUCUAAAAGAAGGGGAGGAUGUAGCCUCUAAGGCAAGACCAGGGAUAAAAGAAAGGAUCCACCAGCUCAGGCCCCUUCAGUCAAGCCAUCUCAGCUCACAAUGA